AUGAUCACACUUGAGUUCCUAGACAUAUCCUCAAACAAUAUAUCAAGCUCAAUUCUUCCUUCAGUAUUGGGUGCUUUGACAUCUUUGUUUGUCCUUUCUUUGUACCAAAAUCAACUCUCAGGUGCCAUUCCUAUUGAACUUGGGAAUUUGAAAUCUCUCACUUUUCUUGAGGUGAGCAUGAAUCAGCUUAGUGGCACCAUUCCUUCAUCACUAGCAAACUUGAGCAACCUACAACAUUUGUACCUUGAUGAGAACAAUUUAUUUGGUACCAUUCCUAUUGAACUUGGGAAUUUAAAAUCUCUCACUUUUCUUCGGGUGAGCAAGAAUCAAUCUCUCACUAGGCUUCUGGUAAGCAACAAUACACUUAUUGAUUCUAUUCCUUCAUCAAUUGCAAAGCUGAGCAACCUACAAUUUCUGUUCCUCGAUCAGAAUAAAUUAUCUGGUCCAAUUCCUAUUGAACUUGGGAAUUUGAAGGCUCUCACUAAUUUCCAUGUGAGCCAAAAUCUACUAAGUGGUUCGAUUCCUUCCUCGCUAGAAAACCUCAGUAACCUACAGUGUAUGUACCUAUAG